AUGUCAGCCAAUCCGGACCAAGAUCUUCUCCUCGUCACUUGCGCGUCAGGCAAGCAGGGUACAGGUCUGCUUCCUCAUAUCGAAAAAGAAUGGAAGCGGCUUCGUCUCCAUGUUGGCAGUGAAGCCUCGAAACAACGACUGCAGAAAAAGUAUCCAACCACUGAGGUCAUCGUGGCUAAUAUGGCGGAUCCCACAACAGCACCAAAGCUGUUGAACGGAGUUACAUGCUGCUUCAUGAUCUGCCCUCCCUUGCAACACGAAACAAUGGCAAUAUAUUAUAUGAUUGAUGCAGCAAUGGCACAGCGUGCUGCUGGUGGUCCUUUUGCCCAUAUGGUGUACUCAUCCGUUAUUUUUCCAAUUCUACGAAAACUCUUGAACCACGACAACAAGCGUUACGCCGAAGAAUAUCUUAUCGAAUCUGGUCUGCCCUACACGAUUUUGCAGCCCACGCACAUGAUGGAGAACUUUCCCAUGGAGAAAGUUGUGCGCGAAGCGGAGCCAGUCUAUCCUAUCCCCUACAACCCAGAGAUCGUCUUUACAUGGGUGACAGCAAGAGAUGUCGGGGAGGUUGCUGCUCGUGUCUUAGAGGAACGCCAGAAGCAUUAUUAUGCGACCUAUCCUCUUGUCGGUACACAGCCUGCUACAUAUACUGACGCAGUCCGCCAAGUCAGCGAGGCUAUUGGAAAGGAGAUCAAGAUACAGCGCAUCCCUCUUGAACAGGCUGUUGAUGGGCUGGUUCGCCGCAAUAAGAACGAGUCCAUGAGACCAUUUGCUACGCGUCUUCUCGUGUACUACAAUGAGCAUGGACUCAUUGGAAACACAAACGUUCUGGAGAUGUUGCUCGGCAGGAAGCCAACCUCCUAUGCUGAAUGGGCGAGAUUGAAGGCGAACGAGAUCAUCGAUGGAAGUACUUGA